AAACACGUUGAACAGACUAAGUUCAAAAAAACAGCACACUAUUGAUUUGCUUCGAUACAAACGAGGCCUCCCUCCAAACCUCGUCUUCUCAGGACCUACGCCAAAAAUUGCGGCGAUUUUUCCAACUUCCAUUUUCACCUCUCCUUCUUUUUCUUCUUAUACGCUUCAUACCCUCUUCUUCUUCUUCUUCCUACCAUUUUCUCUCUCUCUCUCUCUCUCUCUCUCUCUCCAACAAUGGCUCAGGUUGUGGCCAUGCGAUCCAUUCAGAGCACCCUUUUGAGCCCCGCUUCUGGAUCUGCAAAUGAAAAGGCUCAGAAACUGUUGAAGCCUCCAACUUUUGCUUCCAAAGUGUUCCAUUCUGAAGGGAACAAAAACUCUCAACUUGGCAUCAGAAGCUUUCAGAUCAGUGCAAGGAAAUCUGCCCCUGCUGAAGUUGUCCCGGUAUCACCCGAAGAUGAUCCAAAGAUUGAGGAGCAUUUGCAGCAUUUACGUGGGGUGCAACCACUUGGUGACAAUUCGGCUGGAAUGUGGUCUAAGCCAACGUUUAGGCGCAAGACGAAGAUAGUGUGUACUAUUGGACCUUCUACCGAUACAAGGGAAAUGAUUUGGAAGUUGGCUGAGGCUGGGAUGAAUGUUGCUAGACUCAAUAUGUCGCAUGGAGAUCAUGCUUCUCAUCAGAAAGUUAUUGAUUUGGUUAAAGAAUAUAAUGCUCAAUCCAAAGAUAAUGUGAUUGCAAUUAUGCUUGACACUAAGGGUCCUGAGGUUAGGAGUGGGGAUUUGCCUCAACCAAUCACAUUAACAACUGGGCAGGAAUUCACUUUUACUAUUCAGAGAGGUGUUGGAACUGCAGAUUGUGUUAGUGUGAACUAUGAUGAUUUUGUCAAUGAUGUGGAAGUAGGGGACAUGCUUCUUGUUGAUGGCGGUAUGAUGUCUAUGGUGGUUAAGUCUAAGACAGAGGCUUCUGUGAAAUGUGAAGUUAUUGAUGGAGGAGAGCUCAAGUCAAGGCGACAUUUGAAUGUUAGAGGAAAAAGUGCAACACUGCCUUCAAUCACUGAGAAGGAUUGGGAUGAUAUCAAGUUUGGAGUGGAUAACAAAGUUGACUUCUAUGCUGUUUCCUUUGUUAAGGAUGCUGAAGUUGUUCAUGAACUGAAGAAUUAUUUGAAGAGCUGUGGUGCUGAUAUACAUGUCAUCGUGAAAAUUGAGAGUGCAGACUCUAUACCAAACUUGCAUUCAAUUAUCACCGCAUCUGAUGGGGCUAUGGUUGCUAGAGGAGAUCUUGGUGCUGAGCUCCCUAUUGAAGAGGUUCCACUUUUGCAGGAAGAGAUUAUCAGCUUGUGUCGUAGCAUGGGAAAGGCUGUUAUUGUGGCAACUAAUAUGCUAGAAAGCAUGAUUGUUCACCCAACUCCAACCAGAGCUGAGGUAUCAGAUAUAGCAAUUGCUGUUCGAGAAGGUUCUGAUGGAAUAAUGCUGUCCGGUGAAACAGCUCAUGGAAAGUUCCCUCUAAAAGCUGUGAAAGUAAUGCACACAGUAGCAUUGCGGACAGAAGCCACUAUACCAGGUGGUCAAAUGCCACCUAAUAUUGGUCAAGUGUUCAAGAACCACAUGAGUGAGAUGUUUGCGUACCAUGCCACCAUGAUGUCUAACACCCUUGGAACCUCAACUGUUGUCUUCACUAGAACAGGUUUCAUGGCUAUCCUAUUGAGCCACUAUCGUCCUUCGGGCACCAUAUUUGCUUUUACAGACGAGAAGAGGGUACAGCAGAGGUUGGCUUUGUAUCAAGGAGUCUGUCCUAUAUACAUGGAAUUCUGUGAGGACGCUGAAGAGACUUUCCGGAGAGCCUUGGAUUUGCUACAGAAACAAGGAAUGGUGAAGGAAGGAGAAGAAGUGGCACUUGUACAAAGUGGUAGGCAACCCAUAUGGAGGUUCCAAUCCACUCACAAUAUUCAGGUUAGGAAAGUGUAAACCAAAAGAAUGAUGGAGAGUGGCCACAAAUCAUGUGUCAAGACACAGUACAUUUAACUUUACUAGAGCAUAUCAACUUAUUGCCUGUUAGUGGGUUAGUGCAAGUCUUGCCUUUUUGUUGGCUGGUUUCUUUUCUAAUUUUCAUAUUUUCUUCUAAGAAUUAUUGGAAUUAUUUUUUAUCCUUUGUAAUUUUGUUAUGUUUCUAAAUAUUAUUGAAAUUUUGGU